UCAAACAAGCCCACAGACAGGACUGAGCUGAACCGAAUCAGUCCGUCUGCGUGUCCGUACCUCUCCGGGUUUGGGUGUAAACAUCUGUGCGUCCCUGAAAAACGCCCCUGUCGCUUCCGGAACCAAUUACAUUCCAUUACCCCUGUACGUCGCGUUCAUAUGAACAACUAAAUAAAACAAAUGGUAAAAUUACUGCGACGACGAAAUGGACCUCUAGCUCAAUCGGCACGUUUUCAAAAUAUCGAGGUUGGUAGCUUUAGAUAAUUUAUUUAUCUAAGUCUCCAUUUUUGUAGUAGGAGAAAAACACUCCGGCUGCUUUCUGCCUGUUACCACCAUUGGUUACCACCGACUCACCGCAAACCACCUCGAGUAAAUGGCUGAUCAGGAGCACAUUGAGAUAGACACGCUCCUAGACAUGCCUGCGCCGGGGCGAUCUAGAACGGGGAGAGCAGCGGCUCUGGCUCGGCUACUUCACCAGGACUGCACUUAUCUUCUAGAGCUAUAUAGGGAGAGGGAGAGCCUCUUGUCAGACCACACCCCAGCGGGGGACCGCAUCGUGUCCCUCUCUCUGUCCUCGCCUGACCUCAGCUCUGACGAGCAGGUUCAGCUUCUACACUCAGCCCUGCGCAAAUGCUUGGGACUACUGGAGUGUCUCAUCCUACGAGAGGAGGAGGAGAUGGGUGAGCUAGAGGGCGAGUAUGAGACAGUGAGAAAGGGCGUCCGGGAUCGACUGGGACAUCUGCUUCACAGCACCAAGGUCCUACUGGAAACCGAGGAGGACAUCACCCCAGACCAUCAGUGCAAUGAGGAGGUUGAUGGAGUUGUGGGUACUUUUGGGGCGAAAAUGUGGACCUAUCGGGUCCUGCUAGAGCUGAUCCAUUGGGCCAACUCUGCCUCGCAGACCCUUCACGUUCUCCACUCCGAGAGGGACGGGAGAGAAGAAAUCUAGUUCCUCUCUGUCUAAGAUCAGUCAGCUUUCAAUAGCAGACAUGUUAUUCAUGAAAAUCCUAAGGUAUUAUGACAUAUAGUCCCCAAUGCGGGGAAGCUUUACUAAAUGCUAAAAACGACUUUCAUCAGACGAUUGUAUUCACUAUGUUGAGGUGCACCAGCAAGACUUGUUGCAGUAACAUUCCUUUGUCAGAAAGGAUGGUCAUGACAUGGAUGAUGUGUUAAGUUCCCAGGACAGUUUUUGUUAUUGUUGUACAGGCUAUUUAUUGAAGCGGAACAUCUUACUGAUGAGAAAUGUUAAAUGUAUUCUUCCUACUUUUGAGGUAGAAUUUGAAGGGGCUUUCUUUAGUUGAAACAUUCUAACACUGUUUGAAUCAUGCCGUAACUAACACUUUAAGACUAACGCUAACUAUUAGAAUGUAACCAAAAAAUGACUGAUAUACUGUUACUGUGAAAAUGCAGCUUACUGAUCAAUGAAGAUAGCUGGUGGUUGACUUGUACCACAUGAUGCCAACAUAUCUCCAGAUUCCAUUUGUUUAACAUGGGCGAAAAGUGAUUCCAACGUGUGUAUAUAAGGAUAUGAUCAUGUAACUGACAUACCGACGUUGUGCUCAUCUUUUUUUUGGUCAGGCAAGUUCAGAAAAUAAACUGUGAUGGAUCACGUUGCUGCAUGUUACUGUAAUGUCAAUGUGGCUAUUCACUUACGGUAGGCUAAUUGUAUGUUCUACAUACUUGAAAAUGCUGCUAAAUUGUUUUAACUUGUUGACGUGUACCUUUUUAGCCAAUAUUGCUCAGUAGCAAACUGAAUAUGUGUGUGUGUGUGUGUGUGUGUGUGUAGCCAAAACUGUCACACCCUCUUCACAGUCUGACACAGCUUCCAAACUCUGACUGAAUAUUAUGAUAAUGGAAAUAACCUCGAAUUUUUGUUUUUUUGUUAUUGUGAGCUUUUCUACUUUGUCAAACAUUAUCUGUAAAUUAUUUGGAUUUGCACUGAAUAUUAAACUGAAGUGGGUCUAGA